CAUGGGAGCUGAGCGGGAAGCACGGGCCUGCGAGGCUUUCUACGGGGCUUUUCGCAUCUCUCAGCCGGUGCUCUCCUGCCUGAACUGCCUGCGGCAAUUUGCAAGGAGUACCACCAGGAGAUGCAAAGACAAACACCUGGAGGAGGCUCUCCUGCUGUCCCGGGCGCUGGGCGAGGGUCUGCGGGCGCUGAGUGAGGGGGAGGCACGGCCCCUGCUUCGCUGCAUCCUGGCUUUCCAGAUGGAGGCAACCAGCAGCUCCAGCUCCUUCCAGAAACUGGAACAGAUGGUGACCCAGCUGGCUGUGGGGAAUGAAGCCCUGCUGGCCCAGGAGGUGGGCACACUGAUGGCUGGCCUGGCACAGCAGGGAGAGGUGCUGUCUCCUGAGAACCUUCAGUCAGUGUGCAUGUUCAUAGAGGAGAGCAGCCUGGGCCGGCAGCACUGGCAGCGGAACCUGUCCCUGCUGCUGCAGUGCCUGGCCACCACCUUGCACUGGGUGCUGCAGAGCCAGCCUGGUGGCACCUGGGGAUACCUGGCUGUCAAGGCCUGCCUCCAGCUCUUCCAGGCACUGCCGAAGGACGUGGCCCCCCUUGCGUGGAGCAAUGUGGGGAAGAGUGAAGCCCUGCAGAGCCUCGUGGGGCUGCUGCUGGAGGUGGCUUGGGGCAAGGCCCCCAACAAAGACACACGGCUGCUGGCAGGCACAGCCCUGAGCAUGCUGGUGAACACAGCCCCACAGCCCCAGUGUGGGGCCAGUGCUGUGCUGGCUCUCUUCCAGCUCCCAGGGAGAGGUCUGGGGGAGCUGAAGUUUGGGGAGCUGGUGGUGGAGGCCCCCCAAGUCCUGGAGCCAGAUGGGCUGGAGAAACUGGUGCUCACCAGAGGUUUGCUGACAUGCUGCAAGACUGACAUCCUCAGCUGUCAGCUAGAGAGCUUCACCCACAAGGCCUGCCUGCUGCUGGACGUGGUCUUUCCCACUGUGUGUGCCCUGACCAAGGAGCAGGACUGCCACUACUACUGCUUCCAAGCCUGUGCCCUGUGGCUGCAGCGCCUGCGGGAGAGCCUGCCUGCCCUCUGGCACCUGAUGGGGACCCACAUCCUGUCCCAGGACACCCAGCUCCUCCAGCAGCUCACCCAGAUGGUGUGGGACAACGCCGAGACCCCGGCAGAAGGGGUGUCCGAGUUCAUCCACAGCUCCUUCCGACUGCUCCUGGAGAUCUACCACCUUGAGUGCCAGCACUUCCAGGACCAGGAGAGACCCCUCUACCAACAGAUGCUGCAGAGGGUGAUCUCAAUGCCAUGGCAAAUCAAAGCCAGAUAUGUGCCCCUCUGUGCCAUCAUCCCCUACGUGGGCAGCCAGCAGGUGCUGGAUGCCUACCCGGACCUGCCACAGCACCUCCUGAGCUGCCUCUCCACCAACCACCUGUGUCCCGCAGCAGCUGAGGUCUACAAGGCCCUGGUGAGGCAGCAGUGUGCCGAGGGGCAGCGGGGGUCGGUCCUGGUGGGGCGGUGGUCCCUGUGCUGGCUGCCCCUGCUCUCCCAGGCGCUUCGCUCCCCCCUGCCCAUCCUGCACAGCAACGCUGCCAACCACCUCCUCACCUGGACCCUGAGGCAGCUCCCGGACGCGCAGGCACCGCUGGCCGCCCGGUUUGGUGGCCGGGAUGCAGCGUCACUCCGGGCUUGGGUCUCGCUGCUGAAGGCACAGAAGAGCGUGUCGGGGGCUCUGUCGCUGCGGGGGGAGACGCUGGAGCGGCUCCGCUGCUGCCUGGGGGCUCGUGAGGACGGCGUCCGGCUGUCGGCCGUGGCUCUGCUGUGCUGCAGCCCCAGCACCAAUCUGCCCCUCUCAGGCAUCGAGCUGCGGCUGCUGCGGGAGUUCCUGCCCCUCAACCUCAAUUGCGGGUCCUCUGCCUUCCGGCAGCUGCUGCAGGCGGCGGUGAGGAAGGCGCUGGUCCGGCUGCGGGACAGCUCGCUGGCCCAGCUGCGAGGGAAGGUGACCCGAGGCACCGAUGGAGCGGGGCAGCUGGCCCAGGCAGUAGGCUUUGUGGAGUGGCUGCUGCAGCUCAGCAUCACCUCGCUCAGCCCGGGUUCCAACUACCAGAGGAAGAAGACGGCUCUGCUCCUGCUGGCCGCUGUUUUGGAGACCUGCACGGACACCUGGAGCCCCGACAGGAAGAAGGGACAGCCCCCACGGACCAUGGCCACACUGCUGAGUUAUGCCAGGCAGAGCGGCUGCUGGGACUUCUUCUCCCAGCCCAAUUUGUUGGCACUGCUGAGCUGCUUGCAGGACAGCACUAAUGAGAUCAGAGACUUGGCCUCAGAGCUGCUUGUCCGCUACUUCCCCCACACGCUUCCGGAGCCCAUUGCCCUGGCUCUCUUCCAGCUGGCCCAGGAUGCCCUGAGCAGCCCACGAGUGCAAGAGGCUGAAGCUGGAGCCGUGUUGAUGAAGACCAUCCUGCAGAAGUCAGACAGUGGCACCAUGAAGAGCCUGGCCUUGGAUGCUGAAACAGCCCCGACACUGCCCAACCGAGGUCUCUGCUUUGCUCAGCACCUUCUCCACAUGCUGCAAGCCCAGUACACUGCAGCAUGCCAGGACCUGCUGCAGGCAGCUGCCUCUGCACCAAUGCAUGGGACCAUCACAGCCCUGCGGAGGUGCCUGCUCCAGGUGCCAGAGGUGGCUGCUUCCAUGCAGGCAGCAGAGUUGGUGCAGAGCUGGCAGGAGCUCCUCACCCACCUUGUGACCACAGCAAGAGACAUCACCUCCUUCCUCCUGGGCACUCUGCAGAGCCAGCAGGGCCCUGGGGCCACUGAGCAAGCUGCUGCCCCAUCAUUUGCAGACAUGGGGAAUGCCAUUGGCUCCCUCAUCAUGCUGGGGAAGGGGCAGGGUGAAGAGGAGGAGGACUCAGUCCUGCUGUCAGAGGAGCACAGCCUCAUCCUGACCUGCUGCUGGGUAUCAGUGAAGGAGAUAGGGCUGCUCCUGGGAGGCCUGGCUGAGCUGCUGCUGGCCCCAGCACUGCGGGAUGGAUUGGGAAUUCUCCUGCCACUCCCCACCCUGCAGACUGCUGCAAAGGUGUUCCAAGAAAUCCUGCUGAGGUGUCGGCACUGGGGUGCUGUGGAGGGCUGCAGCAUGGGCUUCACCAAGUUUUGUGCUGCUCUGCUGAACCACCCUGAUGCAGAGCUGCAGGCAAUCCCACGGACCAUGCUGGAGCAGGGCUUGGAAGCACUGAGUGGACCCCGGAGCAGCUCAAUCACACGCCGUGCUGCUGGCUUCCCCAUGCUCUUCCUCUGCAUCGUCAGUGGGGAGGCCCCGGUGCAGGCACGGCCACUGCUGACCCGCUGUGUCCAGACACUGCUGGCCUUGGCCACCACGGCUCUGCCCCAGGACUGGGACCAGACCCUCGACCUCCCGCAGGUGUGUGCCCUCCAUGUGCUGCAGACACUGGUCCGUGGCACGGGGCUGGGCAGUGCACUGCUCCGGCACACCACGCCGAUGGUGGCCCUGGCGCUGCGGGGCUUGGGCUCCCCGUGCUGGGCCAUGAGGAACGCAGCUAUCCAGCUCUUCAGUGCCCUCACCUCCCGGCUGCUGGGACAGCAGCGGAGCCGCGGGGAGGGCUGCUCGGCGGAGGGGAUGAGCCUGCCUGCCUUCCUCGGGCAGCACCCACAGCUGGGCACCGUGCUGCUGGGCGAGCUGGGGGUGGCUACAAGACCUGCACCAGGGGUGCUCUGCCUGCACCCCGCACUCCAUGCAGUCCUUACCCUCCUGGCACAGCUGCAGCCCGGCACUGACUGCCCUGGAAGCCCCUCUGCUUGCUUUCUGGAGCCGCUGCUGGGGCUGGCAGGGAGCCCCAUCUAUGCCGUGCGAGCAAUGGCUGCCAAGGCACUGGUGCCAGUCGUCCCAGUGCCCCAGCGCCAGGGGCUCCUGCUGCAGCUGGCACGGCAGCUCCCAACCACGCCCAGACAGGUCUGCUCACACAACACCCUCCACGGGCACCUGCUGCAGAUGCAGGCACUGCUGUCUCAUGCCCCGGGCAUUGAGGGGCUGUCAGCCCAGGCCCUGCACCCCGUGGCUCUGCAGUUGGAGGCACGGGGCUGGCUGCUCACCCCUGCCCAGCGCUGCCCACUCAUCCGUGCUGCCUUCCUCCAGGUCCUCGCCCUCCUGCCUGCAUCCCUUAGCUCCAGCUUCACCCAGAGCAUCCGUGAUGCUGCCAGCACUGAGCUGGGCAGCCUCCCACUGGGGGGAAAGCAGGGAGGGGCUGAGCUGCAGGUGGGCUUGGCCGUUCUCCACCAAACCAUGGCCCGUUUUGUGUGCGAUGAGGCAGCCCGGCUAGGGGACAGCGGGUGGAUUGACACUGUCUGCUCACUUCUCCAGCAGCCAAACUCCUAUGUCCAGGUUGCCAUCCUGAGCUGGGUUAUUGAUAGGGAGGGAGAAACAUUCACAGACCUGGAAAAGGCUCUCGGGCUGACACUGCUGGAGAGCUUGGGGUCAGUGCUGCAAGAGAGGAAGGACAAAGAGUUCCUGAGACUGUACCUUGAGGCUUUGCUGCAUCUUUACAGAGACCCCUCGUCGUGGUCCCAGGAAGCUUCCUGUAAGCUUCAGGGCUCCUCAGCAAUAUGCCUGGAGAUGCUGCUGGACAUGGUGGAGGCUGAGUGUCCUGGCCCUGACCUCCUCUUUCAGGCAAUGUGUGCUACCAGCCUGCUGCUUGCCCACCAGCUUGAGGACAAGGACAGCACCCUGGUGAAGCGAUGGUGCAGGGCACUGGAGGUCUGCAGCUGCUGUGCAUCAUCCGAGGUGCUGCGGUUGGCAGCUGCCCGCUCCCUGCAGACAGCGGGUGCAGAUGUGGUGUCUCAGUCCCUGGGUGCUGUCUCGCUCAUCCCCGUGGCUCUGAGGCUGAUAAACGUGGGCAUUCACCUUCUGCAAGAUGAGGAAUGGGAGGUCCGGCACGAGGCCUCAGGUUUUGCCAGCCUCUUGUGGCCAGACCCUAGGCUGCCCCUCCGAGAUGGCUGUGUCUUUGUUCAGGACAAUGUGGGGCUCCAGAGGCUCCUGCAGCUCAUCCUGGCAGAGUUUGGGGAGAACCCCGAAACCUUUGACUCGCUGCUGCAGCAUCUCCCUGUCCUAGAUCUCAGGGGCAUUGUGGAGGAGCUGGAAGACAACAGAGCUACCAGCUUGUACAGGGAGGAUGAACCCAACAUUUUUGCUGAGCCGGCUGUCCUGGCACGGCAGCUGCUCCCUGUCCUGCUGCAGCUCCUGGAGAAGGCUCCCACCAGCAGCCAGCUCCGUGCCUCAGCCCUGCGCUGGCUGGAGGCUGCAGGCCCCAGUGUCCUGUGUGACCUGCAGUACUGCCAGCACCACUGGAGCCCAGACGCUGCUGCCCACCGGGGGAUGAAGGCUCUGGGCUGUGCCAGGCUGCAGGUGGCUGUGGCCGUGCUGCUGUUGAGGGCCCAGCUGGUGGCACGGGCACUGCAUCUGCUGGGGGAAAAUGCCAUCACUGUGCCAGGGCUGGCCUGUGACACCCAGGAUCUGGAGCAGAAGCUGGAGCUGGUGCAGGGACUGCUGGCGCAGCAUGGGCUGGCCCCUACUCUGAGCCAGGAGAAGGUGCUGAGGGAGCCAGGACCACUGUCUGGGGCUGCCUGAUGGUUGCAGGCAUGGAGUGGUGUCAUGGCAAGUCCCACAAGGCUCCUAGCUCACACUGCCACGUUCCUCCAUUUGUUGGAUGCUCACUCAGGACUGUGGGUUCAGAGGUGUAACUCAGGAGACCCCAGCUUGCUGUGCAGGACACACUCCCUUUGUUCCUAAUGUUUUGUACCUCUCUAUCCUGAGGACACUGGUACAGCAUUGCCUUGGCCUGUACCUUGCUGCUUGCAGCAUCCCUGCCCUCAGGUCCAUCUGGGAGGAGGGGACAUGUACUGCGGAGCCCUUGGACCCCUCGUGCUGCUUGACUCCCACCACCUUUUUUUUUAACCAAGAUUUUGGCUUGUUUUUCGUGGCCAACCUGGGCUUUUAUCCCAAAUAAAAAGGCC